AUGGCACCAAUGGUUAGAGUAUCGACUCUACCAAUGAGAUUACUUGCAUUACGUCAAGGUUGUGAUAUUGCCUAUAGUGAAGAAUUGAUCGAUGUAAAGUUAUCUUCAACAAAACGAGUUGUAAAUGAAAAAUUAAAUACAAUUGAUUAUAUUAGUAAAGAUAGAGCAGUUGUUUAUAGAACAUGUGAACAAGAUAGAAAUAAUGUUUUACAAUUAGGUACUGCUUCAUCUGUAUCUGCUUUAAAAGCUGCUCAACAUGUAGUAAAUGAUAUAUGUGCAAUUGAUAUAAAUAUGGGAUGUCCUAAAUUCUUUUCAGUUCAAGGUGGAAUGGGAUCAGCAUUAUUAUCAAAACCAGAGACGAUCAAGGAUAUAUUGACAACGUUGAUUCGAAAUUUACCGGUUCCAGUCACUUGUAAAAUUAGAUUAUUAAAGACUGAUCAAGAGACUAUAGAUUUGUUAAAGAUCAUCGAGUCGACUGGUGUCAGUGCGAUUGGUGUUCACAUGAGAGAGAUUCCUGAACGACCAAAGGAUCCUGCUCAUUGGGAUCGUUUGGCUACUAUUCUUGCCAAUUCAUCCUACUCUGUACCAAUUAUUGCCAAUGGCGACAUCUAUACUCACCAAGACAUUGAUAAUGUUUUAAAUCAAACAAAGGCAAAUUCUGUCAUGAUUGCUAGAGGUGCCAUUAGAAAUGUUUCAGUCUUUUCAAAAGAUAAAUCUUUAAAAUCUUUUCAUCAAAUUAUUCAAGAUUAUAUUCAAAUUGCAUAUGAAAAAGAUAAUUUAUUUCCAAAUACAAAAUAUGUUGUUAAUCAAAUAUUAAAUGAAAAUGAUGAAACCAAGACAGAAAAAGCAAGACAAACAUCUGUUGUAAAGUCAAUGAAAGAUUUAUGUACUAUUUGGGAGAUGACAAAUCAAUAUGAACAAUUUUUAAAUCCUCCUACUAUACCUAUAUUAAUGGAAAAUCAAGAAGAAAAUGAUCAAACAAAAUCAGAAGAAUCUUCAUCAACAACAACAAAAAAACAUACAAUUGAUGAAACGAUUCAAGAAAAUAUUAAAACAAAGGAACCAUCUAUAAAAAGAUUUAAAUCAAAAGAAGAAGAUCAAGAACCUCCUCUUCCAUCCAUCUCGUAG